GCUUUGCUGGAGCAGCCAUAAAGAGAUACCCCACGUCCAAGGAGUUGGGAACAUAUAAUGAAGAACUGAAGGUGUGCAGGGAGCAGCUUCUUGCCAGAGAAGAAGAAAUUGCUCAGCUGAGAGCAGAGAGGAACAACACCAGGCUGCUGCUGGAACACCUGGAGCUCCUCGUUUCCCGGUAUGUACCAUCCCUCCGGAUGACGGCGGACAAGCAGCAGGCGCAGUCCCCAGCCGGCAUGAUCAGCGAGGUGGAGGUGCUCAGGGCGCUGAAGUUUCUAUUUGAGCACCACAAGGCCCUGGACGAGAAGUUGAGACAGCAGGCCCGCGUGCCGGCCACCGUGGCCCAGGCCUUCGAAAGAGACGAAGGCGUGUCUGACGGCGAGGGCGACGGGGUCACCCUCCUCAGCUCGGCUGCUCAGCUGCCGCCCAGCGGGCAGAUGCUUCAGGAGCAGCUGGACAGCAUCAAUGAAGAGAUCCGGUGGAUCCAAGAAGAGAAGGAGACCACGGAGCAGCGGGCCAAGGAGACUGAGAGCAGGGUGGGCAAGGCGAGCUCAGGCAGCCUUCGUCGUUUUAAAUCAGUGAGCUCCCUCGACCUGUAUUUUGCCUCCUCGCUUGCCAGCUCCUGCCCGCCCAGCAGAGUGCCCGCCACGCCCCGAAUGAGGCGUCGAAGGCCAGCGCGGAACAUAGACCGGCUGGGCACCAUGCCUCUGAUGCCAGCUCUAUGGGAAGAGGUGCAAAAUGACAAGACAACCAUCACUUCUGAAACCUCGAGCCCUGCCUCGCCUGAGUCCCUUCGGCUGGAGCAGCUGCACACAGGGACGCUUCGCGCGGCCAGCCCCGAGGACGUCAGGGACGCCCGCAAGUAAGGAGCCUGUGCGCCUCGUCAGUUUCAGGAGCCCUGCGCCUCUUGUCUUGAAAGAGGUGGAAGAAUGGUUUUAAAGGAAUCGCACUGGAUGCGGUGCCUGUGUUUAGUGGUGAACUUCAGAUGCUGGGGGAGAAGAGCUCAGGGACCUCAGUGAUUUUAGAAAAUGUCCAUCUCUGCUGAUAGACUCCUGUGGGAGCUUUCUUCCUGCUCUUGCUAGAGGUCUGCCCGUCCGGGACGCGUUCCUGAUGGUGAUGGCCCCGUGCCUCUCAGGUUCGCUCUUGAGGGUCCCUCCCUUUUCCUCAAGGGUCUCCUCUCAGGAGACUCUGUUCCCUCCUGUGGCUGACACUGUCCUCAUUCGACCA